AUGAGCAAUGAGAAUUUGCACAAGGCCCCAAGGUGCGAUGAUGUCAGCGAGUGUGCACUCCAAUUCUACAGAUGGUGCAUCAACGCGCAGGAGGAUGGUCGCAGUGAUUGUCCCCGAUGCACCCAUACUAGAUCGCUAGUAGCCAAAGCAGAUGUGAAGGAUCACCUGGCUCUCCUAUCUCUCAAUGUGUGUAUUGAGCGUCUGACGUUUUUUUGUGAACACAUGAUUGAAACUAUAAUGCGAGUAGAGAGAAAUACACCACAAUUUUUCUGGUACAAAGGGGUUAUUGUGGCAAUGCUGAAUCAAAACCAAACAAAGGUCACUGAGAUCUUGCUCUUGGGAUUUCAGAAUCAGGGCAAUAUCAAGGUUCCAUUCUUUCUUCUGAUUGUUGUUAUUUACAUAAUGACGGUGUGUGAGAGCAGUCUGGUCAUAGGUUUGGUAUCAUCUACCAAAAAACUCCAGUCCCCCAUGUACUUUUUUCUCCAACAGUUGGCUCUAUCUGAUCUCCUACAAACAUCCACUGUUGUUCCUGAAAUGCUCAGGAUUAUAAUAAAUGAAGGAGCCACAAUGUCCCUAUUUGGUUGUAUUACACAGUUUUAUUUUUUUGCUGCCUCCGAAGCUUUUCAGUGCCUAAAUCUAGCAGUAAUGUCCUAUGACAGAUAUGUGGCCAUCUGCAUCCCACUGCGUUAUACUUCUAUAAUGUCAAAUAAUGUUUGUGUCAAAUGUAUUCUCAUGUCAUGGUCGCUUGCCUUUGACAUUAUCUUGAUCACUGCAAAUGCCGCAGCUGCACAGAACUUCUGUGAAAAAUACAUCAUAGACCAUUUUUUUUGCGACUUCUUCCCCCUUCUGGAGCUUUGCUGCUCAGACACUUUCUUUGUACGAGUAGAAGUAACAUUACUGUCAGUCCCUGUGGUUUUUACCCCCUUCGUCCUCGUCAUUGUAUCCUAUGUCUGUAUUGCCCAUGAGAUCCUGAAGAUAGAAUCCACAACAGGAAGACAAAAAGCCUUCUCCACCUGCAGCUCUCACUUGGCCGUGGUCUCCAUAUUUUAUGGGACUCUCAUUGGUAUUUAUGUGGUUCCAAGCAAACAACAGUUGAUGACCAUAAGCAAGCUUCUUUCUCUGUUGUACACUCUAAUAAUCCCUUUUGCUAACCCAAUGAUUUAUAGUUUGAGAAACAGGGAUAUAAUAGAACAGCUUAAAAUUAUAUUAAUACAUAGAAAUGAUUAA